AGAGAGAGAGAGUACUCCAGUCGGCACCCUUGGGAAGAAACAUCCAAUCCACCGGCUGCCAUCUGAUUUGCUCUUAUUCAAUUGGGAAUAUCGAUCCGCACUGAGCGAUAAGGGACUACUUUAUCCAAGAGGGAACUUCACGUCCGUCUAUAUUAUUUCUGCAGCAUCCUCUCCUCAGGCGCGCUCUUAAAAAACCCGGAUAAAAUGGUAAUAAGGCGACUAACAUCCCCCUGCGUUCAUUCAUAAGUGGUGACAAGUCGUCUUUUUUGGCUCGGAUGCGCGUCGGAGGAGGUUUCAGGCGGCACACGGUCUCCCUUCAGCGCAGGGGAGAAGUGAACAGGACGAGCUCGCCGGAGGAAUACAAAUUCUACUUGUGAAAGACAGAAAAAAAAAAAAACGUCCGACAAGAAGAAUGAGUCGAGCUGCCGGUGUGGAGCGUUAAAAACCCGAGAUUUCGUUUUUAUUUUUGUUCUUAUUGCCAGGCUGCUUUUUGUUUCCAGCCGCCGAGAGGAUUCAAAUAAUAACAGUGUUGUUGUAGUUUUGUGUGAUCUGCAAACAAGACGGAGGGAUGACAGUCAAGCUGGACUUUGAGGAGUGUUUGAAAGACUCUCCGCGCUUCAGAGCUGAAAUCGAGGUCGUCCAAAACGAUGUGAGUGAACUUGAGACACGAUUAGACAAGCUCGUGAAACAAUGCCAGGCCAUGCUGGAGGCGGGCAGGGCCUACUGCCAGAGCAGCAAGAGCUUCGUCAACGGCCUCCGGGAGCUGGGACACCACUGCUCCGGGGACAAGAUGAUGGAGGAGUGUUUGGACAAAUUUUCCAAAAAGCUGUCUGUCAUCUUGGAUGCACAGGGGGAAGUGAUUGAGACCACGCAGAAGUCAGUCAAGACGAAGCUGCAGACCUUUGUCAAAGAGGAUGUGCGUCGGUUCAAGGAUGUGCGCAAGGAGUUUGAGCGCAGCAGCGAAUGUCUGGAGGGGGCGCAGGCGAGGAACGCUCAGGCCCCACGGGGGAAACAACACGAAGUGGAGGAGGCGAGCAACGCUCUACUCAACGCACGGAAGGCCUUUCGGUCUGAGGCCCUGGAUUACGUCCUGGAGAUUAAUGUCAUUGAGGCCAAGAAGAAGACAGACAUUUUGAUGGCAAUAUUGUCGCUGAUGGAGGCCCAGGCCCAGUUCUUCCAACAAGGUCACCAGUCUCUGUCAGAACUGGAUGAGUAUCGACGAAAACUGAAUGAAGAGCACACUCAGUUUGUCCUAAACUCCGCCCGGGAGAAGAGGGACAUGGAGCAAAGACACGCUGCAAUCAAGAAAAAGGACGUGUCCUACGAUGACUCCAUCAUGGAUUUCAAUGCUGACGCAGCUAACGGGAUCGCCAUGGAGGGAUAUCUCUACAAGAGAGCCAGCAACGCCUUCAAGACCUGGAGCAGGCGUUGGUUUUCAAUUCAAAAAAAUCAGCUGGUCUAUCAGAAGAAAUUCAAGGACCAGCCUACAGUUGUGGUGGAGGACUUGCGUCUUUGCACAGUCAAGCCCAGCGCUGAAAAUGAGAGACGAUUCUGCUUUGAAGUGGUCUCCCCGUCAAAGAAUACACAGUUGAUGUGUGAAUUGGGAAACACAGUAAUCAACAGGAUCUACGAGGCCCGGAUCGAUGAGAUCACCAUCAAGAAACCGCACCCCUCCAGUCCCAGAGGAGACAAGGAGUCGUGGAUCAAAUCAAAGUACGUUGAAAAGAAGUUUAUCCAAAAGCUGCCUGAGACUGGCAGGAACCCCGUGCUGAGGAGAUCCAGUGCCAGGAGGAACCGAGCGACCACGCAGGACCGGACUGUACAGCGACCGCCGCUCAAACCCAAACCCAACCGAGCCACUCUACCUCGGGUCACAGGGCUGAGCCCGAGUGACCUUCUCCAAAAGAACAAUACAGGCUUCCACAAAGACGAGGACGAGGAAGAAGAGGACCUGAGCGGACUUCACCCUGGGGCGCUGCUGUACCGCUCGGCAGCCCUGCAGAACUUCCCUGUCAUGGCCGACGCUUUGGCCCACGGGGCCGACGUCAACUGGGUCAACGUGGCCGAGGACUCCAGCACGCCGCUGAUACAGGCCGUCACAGCAAACGCUCUGGCAGCCUGCGAGUUCCUGCUGCAGAACAGCGCUAACGUCAACCAGGCGGACAGCAACGGGAGGGGACCGCUGCACCACGCCACCAUCCUGGGUCACACUGGGUUGGUUUGUCUCUUCUUGAAGCGAGGAGCAGACUACAACGCCAGAGACAAGAACCAGAAAGACCCCAUAACUAUUGCUGUGGACAACGCCAACGCUGACAUCGUCACUUUGCUGCGGAUCGCCAAGAUGAACAAGGAGAUGCGGGAGAUGGACGGAGCGUUUGGCCAACCAGGUGAUGAAACCUACCAGGACAUCUUCAGAGACUUUUCACACAUGGCCUCAAACAACCCCGAAAAGCUCAAACGCCGCAGUGCAGACCCCAAAACUUAACCAGCUGUUGCCUCCUCUCCAACCUGCUGUACAAUGCCACAUCUCACACAUACCUUAACCUACACACACACACACACAGAAAACAUGCCAGUAUCCAACUCACAAGCAUGCAGACACACACACACAUAUUUUCCCUGGCUACCUGCCACAUGUUCAGUCAUAGCUCAGCUGGUGUUGACUUCAGAGGGGAUGAACGCUUCAAACAGUGAAUUCUUUGUGUGAACACGUCAGACCAGAACAAUUGUGUCCAAGUGGAAACACUGGGAACAGCUUUAUGAGACCAGCACGAGGCGUCUUUAUAUGUAGCAGAGGGUAACGCCGUCACUUUGCCAAGAUUUUCUAAUUAAAUCCUGUAAAUCUGUUUUUUUUUUCUUUAGCUCAACAGGGCUGUUUUAAAGUUUCUUAGCCAUUUCUAUUGAAUUGUUACAUGAUAAAGAAGUGAAAAUGUUUUUUAGAAAUGGACCUAAUUCUGGCAAACACACCUUUUAUGUUAACUGUCUUCCAUUCGGUUAUAAUGUAUACAGAUUUUUACAUGUGGGGACAUUUGUUCAUAUCUGUUUUGUUAAACUGUAUGAGGUACUUGAGAUUUGUAGCAUGAACAAAUAAAAAACAAUACCACUUACUUUUUUAAACUUA